UAUAUAUUAACAGUGUUGUUCAUGAUGGCUGUUUACCAGAGCACUUUACCGGUCACAUUCGUGCAAGAGUCAUUGCUGUUUUCAGUUACCUCCUCACAUGUGCUCACUUCCUUUUAACAGUUUAAUGUUCUUAACCAGUGAAGAAACAAAAGCCAUGUUUGCUUUGAUCAGCCUGUAUCUGUUUUCUUUCCCCUUUCUGUGUAUCAGUGAGGAUGCAAAGAGAGAGGGAGAUCUGUGGGUAUCUGCCGAGAUCAGUUUCCGCCUUCGCCCUUCCCUCGUCUCUUUCACAGCCUGGGGGUGAAAACGGAUGGAAUUGAUGCUAGUACUGGUCUAAGAUAGGUUUACUGUGUCAACCAUGCCCCGUUUGGGUUGCACCCAAGUGACGUCUCGAGCUGUAAAUCUUGUUUUUGCUGGUAUCAUCUCAACACAUACCCACUCCUCUCCCCACUUUUUGUCCAGAUCUGCUGUUAUUUGCAUAGAGUCACUUCUUUCUCAGUGUGUCUCUGUAGUGGCAUCAGAAUACAAGCAAUCUGCAUUUUUUUCUUGGUCAGGAUCAGUUUCCAACCCCUCUCAAGUGGAUUGCCACUAAGGCGUCAUAUCCUCUUUCUCUUCCGCAAACCUCUUCUUUUUCCCUUUUUGCAUCUUGUGCUCUUAUUUUUCCACGACUUUCAGGCCAUGAAGUAAUCUAAUCCUUGUGCAUGUGUACAGAGAUAUAUGUAGAGUGAACUGAUUGCUUCAGUAUACGCAGAGCAUUUUAAUCUGCAUGCCACAUUUCCAUUAUAAAGCUCUACAAACCUGUGCAUUUCUGCCAUGUUGUCUUGUGUCUCAGCACAGAACUGACCAGGGAUCCAGUGACUCCUGUUAAGGUGUCAUCUCUUGUAAAGGUCUCAUAUCCUGAAGGGACCAGAGAGAUGCCUGGGUGUUUUAAUCUCAGGAACGGCCUGAUCGUUACCAAACUCCUUAUUAACUAUUCAUGCAGGACACAGGUGCCAAAUGGGGCUCCGUGUGUCCACCAAUCUAUCUUACCUUUUGGAGGAGGACAGUAGGUGUCAAGGCCUGGUGGAGAGAAAAAGAGGCUAAGACACAGAGGAAUGGAUUGUUGAGUUGAGUUUGGGAUUCUGGGGUAGAAACUGUAGCGCCAUGAUGGAUUGUCUGUGAACAUCAACAGAGGAACUGGGGAGUCCAUACUGAUGAAUAUGUAUCUUUGAAAUACUUUUUAAAAUAAUUACAAGCAUUUCAGGACUUGUUCUGGUGGAAGUAAUCAGAUGAGACGACUGUGAAAUAGAUGUCUCUCCUCUGAGUUUGUGGAUUUGUUGACAUGGACCCGCCAAUGCUCCCCGUGGCCCGGCUGGAUGUGGACGUGGACCUGGGUUUUGCCCUCUUCUUCUUUUUCCUACUCUGCUUCUUCUUGUUGGUGACCAUCAUCCGCUGCGCCCAGAUGGUGCUGGACCCUUACAGUGCUAUCUCUGUCACCACAUACCAGGAGGAGCAAACAGAGGACUGAUGGAGGCCAGAGACCAACGCUUUAUGAAAGUAAGGCCUCCCAUCCUCCAGAAGGAGCGAUGCCAUCCACUCACACUGCAGAGAUGACAAAAAUGAACUGCCACAAGCCAAUGAAUAUUUGAGGCUUUUCUUAUGACUGAGUGAGUCAGCCUGGUGGAGUCAUUUCAGACACUAUUUUAACUAAAUGUAGUUUCCACCACAGCAUCCAAUAACCUCAAAUGAUGUAA